AUGGCAGCCACAUCAAACGAUGGCUUCCUGAUCCCCUACCGGGUCAUCUCCAUCACCGAUAAAACCCACAAAUCCUCCUACCCGGCCAUUUCGCCCUCUCGCCCCGCCCUCUCCCAGGCCGGCCGGACGGUCCUCAUCACCGGCGGCAGUGGGGGCAUUGGCUACGGCAUUGCCCUCGCCUUUGCCGCAGCCGGCGCCGAGAAAGUCAUCGUUGUGGGCAGAGAAGAGACCAAGCAAAAAGAGGCAGCUGCAAAGCUCGCUCAAGAGGCGGGCCCUGAAUCACGCACCAAGUUUGAAGGGAGGGCUGCUUUGCCAAACAAGCCAGAGAGCAUCGACAGUUUGUGGGACUCUCUUGAGGCGGAGGGCGUUCACGUCGAUGUCCUCGUUUUGAACGCGGCUGUUACGGGCUCUGCGGCGGUAUCUUCGAUGUGGAACGCUGGAUGGGAAGCUAUCUGGGAACAGUUCAUUGUCCAUGUGCGUUCGCUCAACCACUAUAGCGAGCGGUUCUGGAAGCAAAACAGCGAUAAAAAGAAAUACCUCGUUAAUGUUGCAACAUCUGCAAUCCACGACUGGCCCGCUGGAGAGACGACCAAGAUCUAUGGACUGACCAAGAAUUCGGGCGUGCUCCUGCUCCAACAGCUUGCGCGGGACACUCCAGUUUCCAAGAUGCAAAUCGUCAGCUUUCACCCUGGGGCCAUCUUGAGCCCUGGUGCGAAGAGCCAUGGCGCCACUGAGCGCUCUUUGAACUGGGAUGACAUCAGUCUCCCCUCCUCGGUUGCCGUGUGGGCAGCUUCAGACGAGGCGGCCUUUUUGCACGGUCGGUUCAUCUGGUCGGCGUGGGAUGUGGAGGAGCUCCAGAGCGGGCAGCUCAGAGAGCGUAUAGAAACCGAUGAGCAGUAUCUCCGGAUCGGCGUUCACGGCGUAUAG